AUGAGAAACUUUACAACCGUAUCUGAAUUUAUUCUCCUGGGAUUCAAGGAUCACCCAGAACUACAGCGCCUUCUUUUUGUGUUGUUUCUGCUCAUCUACACGAUCACUGUUGUUGGAAAUCUUGGCAUGAUUCUAUUAAUCAAGAUUGACUCACAUCUCCAUACUCCGAUGGACUUCUUUCUCAGUAACUUGUCCCUGGUUGACUUCUGUUAUUCUUCUGUCAUUGCCCCUAAUAUGCUAAUAAAUUUCUGGGUGAAGAACCCAGUCAUUUCAUUUAAUGAAUGUGCCACUCAGUUCUUCUUGUUUGGCUCCUUUGCUGGCAUUGAGGGUUUUCUGUUGGUGGUCAUGGCAUAUGACCGUUACCUGGCCAUCUGCAAGCCUCUGCUUUAUACAGUCCUGAUGUCCCCCCACCUCAGUGCCCUCCUGGUGUCGGCCACAUAUCUUGCAGGCUUUGUAAAUGCUGCCAUUCACACUGUCUUCACCUUCCAGCUGUCUUUCUGCCGCUCCAGUGUCAUUAACCAUUUUUUCUGUGAUACUCUGCCCCUCCUGAAAGGCUCUUGUUCUGAUACACACAUCAAUGAGGUUGUCAUUUUUGCCUUUGCCAGUUUUAAUGAAUUGAGCUGUCUCUUACUUAUUCUUGUUUCCUAUCUCUACAUCCUUGCUGCCAUCUUGAGGAUUCACUCUGCAGAAGGCAGGCACAAGGCCUUCUCCACCUGUGCUUCCCACUUGACGGUGGUCACCAUCUUCUUUGGGACAAUCCUGUUUAUGUAUCUGCGUCCCAGCUCCAGCUACUCCAUGGAUCAAGACAAAGUGGUGUCUGUAUUUUACACAGCAGUCAUCCCCAUGUUGAAUCCUCUCAUCUAUAGUUUGAGAAACAAGGAAGUCAAAGCUUCUUUAAGUAAAAUUUUUAAAACAAUAAAUAUGCAGUCAUUAGAAUUUUAA